AACAGAAACACCUUGUGCAACGAAUAUUGAUGUUGAAUAUUUAAAGGGAUGAACUUUCUUUUCAUUACAACUCUCUUCCUAUGGAUAGUUGUUGGCGUGUAUGCAGAUUGUCAAGAUGAUGGUGUUACGUACAAGAGCAAAGACAGAUGGAAAAAACCGAGCGAUCCAUGUGUGACCUGUGAAUGCACAGAGGACGGUGUGGUUUGUGCUGCAAUUAUGUGUAGACCACCUUCCUGCGCUCAAGCUGUGAAACGAGAAGGAACAUGUUGUGAUUUUGACUGCAAUGAUAUUCCAGUGACAGGCAAGGUAGUUCUACCAAACUACAUUCAAACUCCAUUACCAACAGGUUCUUGUCUGGUUGUUUUUGUUCAGAAAUCUAUUCAAUGUUUCACCUGUGAUAAUCCAAAAUUAGACAUUGCAAAAAUGCAUAAUCCGGUGAUUAAAAACAACGAAAUCUCAUAUAAACUGAUAUUACCUGGGAAAACGAAACCUGGAAUUUUCAAUAUUCAAGCUACUUUGAAUGUCGGGUGGUGUAAAGCAGGAAAUGAAUGGAUUCGAGAUGGCGAUUACAAGCAAACAUAUAGUAACGAAUUUGCUAUUGUGUCAAACCAAAGGCGAAAAGAAGUUUCCGGUAUUAAGAUGGAAUACUACGGAAAGAACCCACCAAAACCAUUGAAAGACACAGCUGAAUGUACUUUCUCUGGUGAAACGUAUCAAACUGGCCAGAAAUUUAUUUCUGGGGACUGUACACGAGAAUGUGAGUGUAAAAAAGGUGGUGAUUAUUAUUGCGUGUCUCUAUGUCCACCAAUAUUUAUAUCUUGUGAUGUUGGGUAUCAAGCUGUCCCAGAACAAAUUUCUGUUCCUGGAUCAAAUUGCUCUUGUGAAAGACCAAAGUGUGUUAAAUCAGAAGAUGAAAAGCAAGUGGUUAUUGAUGGAAAAAUUAAUGUACCUGCAACCGUUGUCGUAAGACCAAACUCUUGUUUAAUCGUCACAGUCAAAAAAAGUAUUCAAUGCGAUACACCUCCAUGCGAAAGUACCAAAGUCGCAUCUGUCACCACAAGAUCUGGUUUGUGGGGAAAGGACAUUUCAUACUCCCUUCACUUUUCAAAGAUAGACGAAGGAUUACAGUCGUAUUACAUUUCUGCUAUUUUAAACAAUGGGUGGUGCGGAGAAGAUUCGAGGGAGCAACUUCGUUGGGGGGAUUUUCAUACGGUGACUUCACAUGAAUUCGACGUUACCACCAGUAGAGAUCGUUUAUAUAAAGAUAUUGCAAUUGAAGAGUUUAAAGCCUCUGUUGAUUUAAAGCCUGAUGGCGACAGUGGUGCAGUUGCUGGCCCUGCGUUACCUUUACGCACUGUAACUAUUGUUGGAUAUGUCACUCUUUCUGAAGAAUUAUCACAACUUGCCCUGGCUUCAUGCCUAAAUGUUUUUAUUCGGGAAAAUCGACAAUGCAGCAAUGGUGCACUAUGCAACGUCGAACCUUUGGCGGAAAGACAGUUUAAAAAUCCAAGUGUCGUUAAUGGGAAAAUCAGGUACGAAAUUAAAGUGAGAAACACCUUGCCAGGCAUUUAUCUGGUGGAAGGUGUGCUAAAUAUUGGUUGGUGCAAGUCCCCCACAAGUGGAAGCUCUGAAUGGAUUAGAAAUGGUGAUUACAAAAGUGAUUUUGUUGAAGAAGUGCAUAUAAAAGAAGGCAGCCCAAGUGUUGUGAGAAAAGAUAUUAGAUUAGUGGUUUUUAGGACUUCAUUAACUGAAACUAAAAAAGAAUGUCCAACCAACCUACCCAUUGUUACAUGCGAUCGUGAUCCAUGUGAGGGUGCAUUGUGUUAUGGUUAUCCUGCAGCAACAUGUCGUAGUAAUUUCUGUGGAGGAUGUUAUGCCGAAUUUUAUCAUGGCAAUAACAAAGUCACCUGCCAAAAAGACGAGUGUCCUAAUCGUGUCCCUAUUGUUAAUUGCGCAAUAAAUCCAUGUAGUGCUGCAAAAUGUAGGGAAUAUCCCACUGCAAAAUGUUAUUCGAAUUUCUGCGGUGGUUGUAAUGCUGAAUUCUAUGUUGGUUACACAAAAGUUGACUGUGAUGAGGAGAAAAAGACGAUAACUGUGAGUGGUCAAUGUGCCCAAGAACAAAAAGAAAUCCUAAGUCGCAAUAAUGGAAUUUUGUUAGGACAAUAUCGUCCACAAUGUGAAGAAAACGGUGAUUAUAAACAAAUGCAGUGCCAGGAAGGAUAUUGUUGGUGUGUGGAUAUUGAGAAUGGUAAGAAACUAACAGAAAAAGGCACAGAACGAGGCAUUGUCGAUUGCUCUGGUUUUUGUAAGAAACCGUGUUUAAGUAAACACAAACCUGUAUGUGGAUCAAACAACCAAACCUAUUCAAGCGAGUGCAAGUUUAAUAAUGCCAAGUGCGAGGACGGUUCAUUGAGAAUCAAGAACUAUUUUACAUGCAGAGACGGUAUCCGUAAAUGUGUCAAGCCAUGCACUAGAAAAUAUAAACCGGUUUGUGGGACUGAUGGCAAGACAUAUCCUAACAAAUGCGAAUUUAACAAUGCAAAAUGUAAUGAUAACAAUCUAAAAAUCAAAAAUGAAUUUGCUUGCAAUAUCGACAUUGAUUCUGCUAAUGUCAAAAUCUGCUCUGUAAAAUUGUGCACAAGGGAAUAUAAUCCGAUCUGUGCCUCAAAUUGGCAAACAUUCUCGAAUAAAUGUGAAUUUGAUAAUGCUAAAUGUAAAGAUAACAGCUUGCAAAUAAAAUAUUAUUUUCAAUGCAGACCGGAUAUAUCUUCUUGUGUUAAACUUUGCACGAAAGAAUACAAGCCAGUCUGCGGCAAUGAUGGUAAAACAUACACAAAUGAAUGCGAAUUUAAAAAUGCAAAAUGUAAACUAGCAGAAUUGGAAAUUCGUUCUUAUUUUAUUUGCAAAGAUGGCAAAGAAGGAAAAGUAUUUUCUGUGAAAAUCGUUGGGUAUGUCAAGUUGAAGCCUGUGCCAAAUGCUCAACUUCUCCCGGGUUCUUGUAUCAAUAUCGUUGUACGGGACAGUCGUCAGUGUAGCGAAACAGAUGAAUGUGAAAUUAGAAUACUCGCAAAAAAACAAAUCAAAGGUGAAAGGGCAUUGAAAGUGACUGCUGGAAAAUUGCGUUAUAGUGUUAAACUUUCUGAUGGACAACCAGGAACAUAUGAAAUGGAAGUUGUUGUUAACAAUGGUUGGUGCAGGCAGCUGGAAGGCAAGGAAUAUCUUCGCAAUGGUGAUUAUCAUAACGACAUAUCGGAAAUUCUUGUCAUUCGAAAAGGAAAUACCAGACAAGUACUUCGUAAAGACAUACAGUCACAACACUUUAAAGCUGCUCCCGAAACAGAAUGUCCAAAAGGUGUACCUAUCGUAAGGUGCGCUGUUAAUCCUUGUGAUUCGGCGACUUGUGCAUUAUACACAAAUGCUUUGUGCCAAGCAAAUUUUUGUGGAGGAUGUUUCGCUGAAUUUGACGUAGAUGGAAGGAAAGUUACGUGCGAUUCAAAUGUCAAACCAACAAAACCGGUUUACGUAUCUGGCAAUAUUGUUUUACCUUCCUACUUUACUCGUACAUCUCUACCAUCUGGUUCCUGCAUUAAAAUGUUAAUUCAAGAAAACAUACAAUGUAGUGAUUCACAAGAAGAAUGUUAUAACCCAGUGUAUUCCACAAUACAACUCAAUGAUCCACCGAUUAAAAGCAAUAAAAUUAAGUAUAACAUGUUGAUAAAAGAAGCAAGGGAAGGAUCGUUUGUUAUAUCUGCUACUCUUAAUAUGGGUUGGUGUACAUCAGGAAAGGAAUGGUUGCGCAUUGGAGAUUAUAAAAACGAAUUUAUUUAUGACUUUACCUUAUCGAAAGAUCAAAAUGAAGUCUCCAAGAAUGUGCAUGUUGCUCGGUAUGAUGUGAAACCAAAUGAAAAGUCAACGGUUGAUUCUACCACUGUGGAAAUAACUGGUUUCGUUACCAUUCCCAAUGAUGUCCGUUCUCCUUUACCUGUUGGCUCUUGCUUAAACAUGUUUGUUCAAGAAUCCAUUUUUUGUUUAUAUUGUAAUAAUCCGGUGCUUGGUCGCGCUCGUAUUUCCAAUCCAACAAUCACAAACGGUAAAACCCCAUACAAAAUUAAGCUGAAAGAUAUCAAAGGAAAGAAUCAAUUUCUUGUUCAAGCGACAUUAAAUGUAGGGUGGUGUGGUGUUGGUGAUGAAUGGAUUCGAUACAAUGACUUUCACAAUGAAUAUCUCCAUGAAUUCUCAUUGGAGAAGGAUCAAAACAAAGCAAGCCGUGAUGUGGAUCUUGUGAGAUACCAAUCUAAAAAACCAAUUGCAUUUAAUGACAAAGGUGGUGUAUCUGUGACUGGAGAUGUUGUAUUUCCAUAUGGUUCGCCAAUUCGUUUCCCAGAAGGAACUUGUUUGAACAUGUACGUUCAAGAAAACAUUCUUUGUCUUGAUUGUGACAUUCCUAUUCUCGCAACCUUCAAAACUGACAAUAUACAGAUAGUCGACCGGCGUAUACCUUUUAAAAUGGUUUUGAACAAGCCUAAACCAGGACAAUAUUUAAUAAAUGCCGUUUUGAAUAAAGGAUGGUGCAAAAAGGAAGAUGAGUGGAUUCGAGUUGGUGAUUAUCAAAAUGAAUUCUCCGUGUAUUUUGAUUUGGGUAAAGGCCAGUUGUCAGCUCAAAUGGAUGUUGAUAUUGAAGAGUAUAAAAGCGCUACUAAGCCAACACAAGCCAAAAGCAACAAAGAUGUCAUUGUAAAAGGACACAUCAAACUUCCAACAAAAUCUGCAUCAACUCCACUUUCUGCAGGAUCAUGUCUUAGGGCGUUUAUCCAGGAGAACGUGCAGUGUGAAUACUGUGUAAAUCCAAUCCUUGCUGAAGUGGUUGUACGAGAUCCUAAAGUUGUUGAUAGCCAAAUUGCCUACCAGAUUACAUUACAUAAUACUGAGGAAGACGGUUACAUUAUUAACGUUUUUAUCAACAAUGGUUGGUGUGGAAACAAGAAGGAAAGUAUAAGAUAUGGAGAUUUUAGAAACAAUAUUGUUAAUUCGUUCAGUUUGACAUCAGGUGAAACUGAAGUGGAUCAAGAUGUGGUUGUAGAAGAGUAUAUAAACCCAGAAGCAGUAAUUGUUUGUUAUAACAAUGGUAAAACAUACAAAUCAGGUGACACCCGUGAUGAAGGUUAUUGCACCAAAUGCACCUGUGUUAAAGGGCGUAGUGGCGGAGAUUGGCAGUGUGUUAGCGGUGGUGACUGUGUGAAGGACGAUAAAGCAGUUGUUUGUUAUGACAAUGGUAACACGUACAAAUUAGGCGACACCCGUGUUGGAGAUGACUGUACGACAUGCACUUGUGUUGUAGCGGUUGGUCGUGGAGAGUGGGGUUGCAUUAAACGUAGUGACUGUGUAAAAGGCAGUUGUAGUCAUGGAGGUAAACAGUACAAAGUAGGCGAGUCAAGAUUUGAAGAUUGUAAUACAUGUACAUGUGGGGAGGCAUCCAAUUGGGCUUGUACUAUCGCUGCAUGUCAAGUUGGAGUGUGCUAUAAAGACGGGGAAAGCUACCAAAACGGACAUAGAUAUUUUAAAGGAUGCAAUCAAUGUACAUGCUCUGUAUCAAACAGAAACACAGUUGGUUAUUUUAAUUGCACUUCAGAGGAGUGUCCUUAUAAAGCUAAAGGAUGUACUUAUAACAAACAAAAAUACAAAACUGGUGAAAGUCGUUAUGAACAAUGUAAUUCUUGUAUUUGUGGUACUACUGGUGAGUGGGGAUGUACUGAAAUUGGUUGUGGAAAAGGUGUAUGCUACCACAAUGGGCAACCGUAUAAAGAUGGAAAGUCUUUCAAAGAUGAUUGCAAUACAUGCCUAUGUAGCGCAAGUGACAAAGACAAGUUUGGUGUUAUUAGAUGUACAAUGAUACUUUGCCCUCCAAAGACAUCGUGCGAAACACUACGGGACGGACAUGGUGCUGUUCCUCUACCAGGAGCUUACGUUCCCUCGUGCAAGGACGAUGGUGCGUACGAAGAAUUACAAUGUCAUGGCUCUGCUGCUAGCUGUUGGUGCGUCGAUUCAAAAUCUGGCAAAGAAAUUAGUGACACAAGAGUGAGCACAAGAGACGGAACUCCCCCACCAGACUGUUCUCAAUAUUGCAUUAAACCUUGUCCAAAAAUUUACAAGCCUGUCUGUGGAACUAAUGGUCGCACUUAUGGAAACAUCUGUGAAUUUAAUAAUGCUAAAUGUAAAAACAAAGAUUUGAAGAUUAGAAACUAUUUUACAUGCAACGAUGAUGUUAAACCCGCACCAGCAAAAGACCAAUGUCCUAAAGAUGUGCCGAUUGUGUCGUGUUCAUAUCGUCCAUGUGCACAGCGUACUUGCGUGGACAGACCAAAUGCUGUUUGCAAAGACAAUUACUGUGGUGGCUGCAAUGCUGUUUUCUAUGAAAAUGGAAAGAAAGUGGAAUGCAAGGAAACGAAGUGUCAUGAAGCUUGUCCAUACAACUACGACCCUGUAUGUGGAAGUGAUGGUAAAACUUAUAAUAACCGAUGUGGAUUAGAAGUUGUCCAAUGUAAAGAUCAGACCAUUUACAUGAAAAAACAGGGACCCUGCGAUGACGAAUGUCCCGAAGGAGUCCCUAUUGCUGGUUGUGUCCAUAAUCCAUGUGCACAGUUGUUUUGCGAUGAUGAACCAACAGCUGUUUGUAAGCCUAAUUUCUGUGGAGGAUGUAAAGCUGACUUCUAUAAAAAUGGGGAAAAAAUUACAUGUGCCAAAACAAAGUGUUUAGAAGGUUGUCCUUUUAAUUAUGAUCCAGUGUGUGGAAGUGAUGGCAAGACAUAUUCCAAUCUCUGUAUUUUGAAAACGGCACAAUGCAAAGAUCCUCAAUCAAUCUAUAUAAAGAAUAAAAGUGAUUGCCCAGGACCCAAUGACUUAAUUAUCAGUGGAAAAAUUGUCUUGUCGUCCAACACACCAUCUGUUUUACCACCUGAUUCAUGCUUGAAUAUAAACAUUCGUGAAGAAAUUUUAUGUGACAGCGAGGAUUGCACUGUACCUCUUUUGGCAAACUUGAAAAUUUUAAGACCUAAAAUGGAAAGAGGCGAUCAAGUAUAUAUACCAUACACAAUGAAUUUGAAAGAUGCCACUGCACCUACGUAUGUGAUUGAAGCUACUCUUAACGUUGGUUGGUGCAAGACUGGCAGCGAAUGGAUUCGAAACGGUGAUUACAACAACGAUGUUUCGCAUACAUUUACGAAACCAGAAAGUGGAAAUAAUGUUGACUUAGAUGUUAAAAUGAGAGAAUAUGUGAGCAAACCUCAACCUAAAAAAGAGUGUCCCAAGGAUGUUCCAAUUACCACUUGCACUUUUGAUCCAUGUGCACAGUUGUUUUGUGAAGACGAGCUAAAAGCUGUUUGUAAAGCAAACUUCUGCGGAGGAUGUAAAGCGGAAUUCUACAAAGAUGGAAAGAGAAUUAAAUGUGAUAAAACACAAUGUUCAGAAGGAUGUCCUUUCAAUUAUGAUCCAGUAUGUGGAAGUGAUGAUAAAACAUAUUCCAAUCUCUGUACUCUUGAGGUUGCACAAUGUAAAAACAGUGGAACUGUUUAUUUAAAACACAAUGGGGCAUGUGAUGAAAAGUCUGCACUAUCAGGACCGAAUGACCUAAUCAUCAGUGGAAAAAUUGUCUUGCCGUCCAACACACCAUCUGUUUUACCACCUGAUUCAUGCUUGAAUAUAAACAUUCGUGAAGAAAUUUUAUGUGACAGCGAGGAUUGCACUGUACCUCUUUUGGCAAACUUGAAAAUUUUAAGACCUAAAAUGGAAAGAGGCGAUCAAGUAUAUAUACCAUACACAAUGAAUUUGAAAGAUGCCACUGCACCUACGUAUGUGAUUGAAGCUACUCUUAACGUUGGUUGGUGCAAGACUGGCAGCGAAUGGAUUCGAAACGGUGAUUACAACAACGAUGUUUCGCAUACAUUUACGAAACCAGAAAGUGGAAAUAAUGUUGACUUAGAUGUUAAAAUGAGAGAAUAUGUGAGCAAACCUCAACCUAAAAAAGAGUGUCCCAAGGAUGUUCCAAUUACCACUUGCACUUUUGAUCCAUGUGCACAGUUGUUUUGUGAAGACGAGCUAAAAGCUGUUUGUAAAGCAAACUUCUGCGGAGGAUGUAAAGCGGAAUUCUACAAAGAUGGAAAGAGAAUUAAAUGUGAUAAAACACAAUGUUCAGAAGGAUGUCCUUUCAAUUAUGAUCCAGUAUGUGGAAGUGAUGAUAAAACAUAUUCCAAUCUCUGUACUCUUGAGGUUGCACAAUGUAAAAACAGUGGAACUGUUUAUUUAAAACACAAUGGGGCAUGUGAUGAAAAGUCUGCACUAUCAGGACCGAAUGACCUAAUCAUCAGUGGAAAAAUUGUCUUGCCGUCCAACACACCAUCUGUUUUACCACCUGAUUCAUGCUUGAAUAUAAACAUUCGUGAAGAAAUUUUAUGUGACAGCGAGGAUUGCACUGUACCUCUUUUGGCAAACUUGAAAAUUUUAAGACCUAAAAUGGAAAGAGGCGAUCAAGUAUAUAUACCAUACACAAUGAAUUUGAAAGAUGCCACUGCACCUACGUAUGUGAUUGAAGCUACUCUUAACGUUGGUUGGUGCAAGACUGGCAGCGAAUGGAUUCGAAACGGUGAUUACAACAACGAUGUUUCGCAUACAUUUACGAAACCAGAAAGUGGAAAUAAUGUUGACUUAGAUGUUAAAAUGAGAGAAUAUGUGAGCAAACCUCAACCUAAAAAAGAGUGUCCCAAGGAUGUUCCAAUUACCACUUGCACUUUUGAUCCAUGUGCACAGUUGUUUUGUGAAGACGAGCUAAAAGCUGUUUGUAAAGCAAACUUCUGCGGAGGAUGUAAAGCGGAAUUCUACAAAGAUGGAAAGAGAAUUAAAUGUGAUAAAACACAAUGUUCAGAAGGAUGUCCUUUCAAUUAUGAUCCAGUAUGUGGAAGUGAUGAUAAAACAUAUUCCAAUCUCUGUACUCUUGAGGUUGCACAAUGUAAAAACAGUGGAACUGUUUAUUUAAAACACAAUGGGGCAUGUGAUGAAAAGUCUGCACUAUCAGGACCGAAUGACCUAAUCAUCAGUGGAAAAAUUGUCUUGCCGUCCAACACACCAUCUGUUUUACCACCUGAUUCAUGCUUGAAUAUAAACAUUCGUGAAGAAAUUUUAUGUGACAGCGAGGAUUGCACUGUACCUCUUUUGGCAAACUUGAAAAUUUUAAGACCUAAAAUGGAAAGAGGCGAUCAAGUAUAUAUACCAUACACAAUGAAUUUGAAAGAUGCCACUGCACCUACGUAUGUGAUUGAAGCUACUCUUAACGUUGGUUGGUGCAAGACUGGCAGCGAAUGGAUUCGAAACGGUGAUUACAACAACGAUGUUUCGCAUACAUUUACGAAACCAGAAAGUGGAAAUAAUGUUGACUUAGAUGUUAAAUUAACGAAAUAUGAAAUUAAGCCGCAACCAAAAAAAGAGUGUUUGAUUGCAUGCCCAGCUAUCUAUUCUCCCCAUUGUGGAUCAGAUGGUAAAACAUAUUCCAAUAAAUGUGUUUUGGAAGCUAGACGAUCUUGCGAAGACUCAUCGCUUAAAUUGGUACAUGCUGGAAAAUGUGAAGAAUGUCCAAGAGGUGUUCCAAUCACUGGCUGUACGUUUAGUCCGUGCGCCCACCUUAGUUGUAACGAUGAACCGACAGCUGUUUGUAAACCCAACUUUUGUGGAAGAUGUAAAGCUGAAUUCUACAAAGAUGGGAAGAAAAUUACAUGUGGGAAAACAAAGUGUUCUGAGCAAUGCCCUUUCAACUUUGAUCCAGUGUGUGGAAGUGAUGGAAAAACAUAUUCAAACCUAUGUGCUUUUGAAGUAGCGCAAUGCAAAGACGAAACAAAUUUACUUUACAUGGCAAAAGAAGGGUUAUGUGUCUUUGUGACUAUAGGAACAGCCAAAUGCCGUCAGGUCGUCGAAGCUGAAAAUGCAAAAGCCGAUGGGCAAGCCUCACCUGGUGCCUAUGUUCCACAAUGCAAUGACGAUGGAACAUACAAAAAUAGACAGUGCCAUGGUUCAAUUGGGUCAUGUUGGUGUGUUGAUAAAAUAAAGGGAACAGAAAUACCAGGAACCAGAAAGAAAAGAGGCGAAGGGGGAGUGACCUGCCCCAUCGUGGAACUAAUCGUUUCAGGGAAAGUAACUCUUCCUGCAAACGUUCCCAGUAUCUUACCACCAGAUUCAUGCUUGAAUGUUAAGAUUCAGGAGUUAAUUGUAUGUCAGUCAAUUCAUUGCAAAGUUCCUGUCGUAUCAUCUCUUAAAAUAGAUCGGCCUACUAUUGAAAAGGGUGAGAAGCCAUACAUAUCAUACAAAAUGUAUUUAAACAAACCUACUGCUCCAGGAUAUACUGUUGGAGCAACAUUGAAUGUUGGUUGGUGUAACACUGGCAGAGAAUGGAUUAAAAAUGGUGAUUACACAAAUAAUAUUUCUCAUGAAUUUACACUUCCAAAGGAUAGAGAUUCUGUUGACCUUGACAUCAUCUUGACAAAGUAUGGAACAAAACCACAACCUCCCACUAAAACAGAUUGUCAGUUGAAAGUGGAAGCUGAAAACAAACGUGGAAAUGGAAAGUCACUUCUUGGGGCUUACGUUCCACAAUGCAAAGUGGACGGCUCUUACAAAAAGAAACAAUGUCAUGGUUCGACUGGUUAUUGCUGGUGUGUUGAUGAACAAACUGGCAAAGAAAUUACUGGAACAAAAAAAGGACCUGGACAAGGAAAAGUGGAAUGCCCCGCUGUAGCUAACGUCAGUUCAUCUGAAUGUCCGGAAGGCACGCCACUAACUUCUUGCACUUUUAAUCCGUGUGCUCAGGUGUUCUGUGAAGAUGAACCAAAAGCUGUUUGCAUAGCAAAUUAUUGUGGAGGAUGCAAAGCUGAAUUCUACAAAGAUGGAAAGAAAAUAACAUGUGUUAAGUCUAAGUGUGCAGAAGGUUGUCCUUUUAAUUAUGAUCCAGUAUGUGGAAGUGAUGGCAAAACAUAUUCCAACCUCUGCGUUUUCCAAGUUGCUCAAUGCAAAGAUAAGUCCAAGUCUCUCUAUAUGGCAACUGAAGGAGAUUGUGCUGUUUUAAAAUCAAAAUGCCAUACAGCUGUGAAGGCAGAAAAUGAAAAAGGAGAUGGUCGACCGUUAUUGGGUGCCUAUGUUCCACAAUGUCAUCCAGAUGGAAGUUACAAAGAGCGACAGUGCCAUGGCUCGAUUGGAUCGUGUUGGUGUGUGAAUAGAAAAACUGGAGUUGAAAUAAUUGGUACUAGAAGGAAUAGAGGUGAAGGUGUUGUGACUUGUAGCUCAAAUGACUUAAAGAUAUCAGGAAAGGUAAUAUUGCCAUUAAACACACCGCGUGAUUUACCACCAGAAUCAUGUUUGAAAUUAGAUAUUCGCGAAGAAAUUUUAUGUGACAGUAAAGAUUGCGACGUACCUUCAGAGUCUUCUAUGACAAUAAAAGAACCAACGUUAUCAAGUGGCGAUACACCUUACAUAUCAUACACUAUGAGUUUGAAAAAUCCCACAAACACAAAUUACAUAAUUGAAGCCACGUUAAAUGUCGGUUGGUGCACUAAUGGAAAAGAACCGAUUCGUAAAGGUGAUUUUAAACACGAUGAUUCAUAUCAGUUUUCUCCACCUAAACAUGCUGGUGAUAAUAUCCAUCUCGACAUGUUCCUGACGAAAUCUGAAUCAAAACCAACUGUGGAAAAAACUGCUGUUGUCGAAGCAGUUGUUUCUGCGGAUGCUUAUUUUUCUAUUAACUUGGUUCCAACAGAAUGUCCUGAAGGUACACCAAUUGUUGCUUGCUCGUAUCAACCAUGUGCUCAACUAUUUUGUGAAGACGAACCAAAAGCUGUUUGCAAACCACAUUUCUGUGGAGGAUGUAGCGCUGAAUUCUUUGUUGGAGACAAAAAGAUUACUUGUGCGAAAAGAAAGUGCUCACAAGCCUGUCCUUUGAACUAUGCACCGAUAUGUGGUAAUGACGGUAAGACGUAUCCUAACCAAUGUUCUCUUGAAGUUGCUCAGUGCUUAGAAGAACCCAAAUCAUUGCAAGCUGCUUACGAUGGACGAUGCAAAGCUAAUUCUCAGUCAAAAUGUCAAGCAGAAAGAAAUACUGCAAGCAACAGAGGACCAUUAGUUGGAGCAUUUGUUCCAAAAUGUAAAAACGAUGGUUCUUACGAAAAGAGACAGUGUCAUGGCUCCACGGGGUAUUGUUGGUGCGUAAAUGAGAUAACUGGCGAGGAGAUUGCUGGAACAAAACAAAGACGUGGACAGUAUGUCGACUGUUCUGAUAAUUCAAUGACGAAAUGUCAAGCUGAGAAAGAUGCUGCAGACAGCAGAGGAGGUCGACCCAUGGUUGGAGGGUUUACUCCACAAUGCAGUUCUGAUGGCUCUUACGAAAGAAAACAAUGCCAUGGUUCGACUGGUUAUUGCUGGUGUGUCAAUGAAAAAACUGGCAAAGAAAUCGCUGGAACUAAAAAAGGACCUGGUCAGGGAACAGUUGAUUGUUCAGGAAAAAGCAACUGCUUACGUGCAUGUACGUAUUUAUAUGAUCCUGUAUGCACCUCAGACGGCAGAACGAUAUCAAAUAAAUGUUUGUUCGACAUCGAAAAAUGCAAAACACCGUUGUUGACAAUUGCUAGAAGAGGAUCGUGCUCUGACUGUCCGAAGGAUGAAGGUACAUUUAAAUGUUUCGCAAACCCUUGUGACGUGUCGACAUGUCCAGCCCAUCCAAAAGCGAAAUGCAAGUCAAAUUACUGCGGUGGCUGUAACGCAGUUUUCUCCGUCGAUGGUCAAAAGGUGGAUUGCCUUAUUAAAAAGAAAGCUGGGAAAACCUUUCGUUUAGGAGAAUCAGAAUCAUGUUCAAUGGCAUGCACAGAUGAAUAUAAGCCUGUUUGUAGCAGUUUGAGAAAGACACUUUCAAGCGAAUGUCACCUAAGACUAACAGCAUGCACAACAGAAAAAGCCAUCUUUAAAAUGCAUAAUGGCGCAUGUGGACAAUGUCAGAAGCAUUGUACAAGAGAAUACAAACCGAAAUGUGGAACGGAUGGUAAUACGUACACAAAUCAAUGUGAGAUAAACAAAAAAAUAUGUGAAACUAGUGGUCAAGUUGGAUUUGCGUAUGAUGGACGAUGCGGUGCUCCAAGAUGUCCUGUAGGAUGUAUCAAAUUGUACAAGCCGCAAUGUGGUAGUGAUGGUAUCACAUAUAGCAAUCUAUGCCAGUUGCAAUCAAAAUCAUGCAGUUCAAAUGGAAAAGUGAAAUUUAAUCAUCCAGGAAAAUGCCGCAAGUGCUCGCCCAUCUGCACACGUCAAUACGAUCCAUAUUGUGGAACUGAUGGACGAACAUAUAGUAACGAAUGCAUGAUGAACUUUGGUGUGUGCCAGAGUGGUGGUAGUGUUCAAAUAAAAUACAAAGGAACAUGCGAAAAACCAUCUUGUCCAAAGAAAUGUAACACAGGCCGCUCGCUAGUAUGCGGUAAUGACGGUAGAACUUACGGAAAUGUUUGCUUGCUGCAACAAAAGACAUGUCGCACAAAUGGAAACGUUUACAUGAAACACUUUGGAACCUGCAGUGACCGUUGCAAGAGAUACCGAUCUUGUCCAUACCACUACAGACCAGUGUGCGGCACCGAUGGUAAAACCUACUCUAAUUUUUGUCUACUUAGAGGUGCUAUGUGCAGAAGUGAUGGUGUCAUUAGACGAGCUUAUACUGGCAAAUGUCAUACAUGUCCAAAUGGCUCAAACAUUGUGAGAUGUUUAAUCAACCCCUGCGAAACAGCAUACUGUGCAAAAUAUCCUCGUGCAACAUGUCAAGCGAGUUACUGUGAAACAUGCAAAGCAGAAUUUUAUCUCGGCGGAAGAAAAUUACAGAAUUGUGGUACUGAUUGUAACCAAGCUUGCACCCGCGAAUACUUCCCGCAAUGUGGAAACGACGGAAAAACUUACGGAAACCCUUGUACAUUAAACGUUGCCCGAUGCAUGUCGAAGGGAAAUAUCAGACUAGCUUAUUCAGGCGAAUGCAAAACAACUUUUUACAAGUAACAACUUGGGUUUUGUCCUGUGAAGUUAGUGAUGACUGGAAGUGAAGCGACGACAUAUAUUUACUUGAUAUAACUCGACAACCGAUUAUUUUUCAAAAUGAAGUCGUCGUAUUUUUUUGUAACGAAAGUAUUUUUAUACCUUUUUCAAAUUUUUAAUGCUGAUUUUUAUAUAAUGUAUUGUUAACAACUUUUGAUUAUUUCUGAUUUAUUUCUAUUAAAUCUUUUUAUAUAAAAUUUA